UUUUCUGCCGCUGUGUGGUUUUCUCAUUGCCACUGCAAUGGAGGAUGGUAAAAGCUUUGCGUCAUCGACAUACAAUAUGGCUAGCCUGGUGAGUGUGGAGGACCAUUUACUGGAGCAUUUGGGCGCAUAUGCAGCGGCCCUACAGCAAAAGAUUUAUCAAAUUCGAAUCGUCCUGAAGGAUAUGGAUGUAGAGCAUCAGAAAGCGGCUCUUGAUCCAGUGGCAUUUGUGUCAAAUCCGCUCAACAGUUUUCCGCUCGUAAGGCGCAUGCACCAUGAUGCAACCAAACUAUUUCAGUUUUUUCAGCGUGAGCCAGGCGAAGAGCAUUUGAACUUCAUUGCCAAUUACGGUCUGAGUGAUUAUAAUCAGGAAAAUCUAGAAGAAGCUAUAAGAGGGCUGCUGAGAAUUAAAGAGACAUAUGAACUAAAUGAGCGAGAUAUGAGUCGUGGGCUGCUAUGGCACAAGCAAUACGACUCGAAACUCAGCGCAUUAGACUGUUUCGAAAUGGCCCAGUACUUGUUUAAAAUGGAUAAGUGUAACGAAUCAUUCAAGUGGAUACAGAUAGGCCUGGAGCUGCACGAUAAAACCCCGCAAGUCUUACACGAACUGCUUGGAACGGAUCGUGCAAAUAUUUGGAUGCAAAUAGGCGCCCUGCAUAGCGCGAUGAAUGACGCAGAUGGGGCAGCGAUGGCGCUUAAAACCGCCAUCAAGUACGGCUCGAACGAGCAACGGAAACAGGCAAAGGUAUUCUCUCAAGGAAUCGCGCACUACCAUGCUCAUCUGGAAAACUGUCGCCAUCCGGGUACUCUGCCUGUGCGCUCUGAGCUCAAAUGCCGCUACAAUACUCUUACCACACCGUUUUUAAGGCUGGCACCACUCAAGCUCGAAGAACUGAGCCGCGAUCCGUACUUGGUGCUCUACCACGACGUAGUCCAAGCCAGCCAGAUGCUUCAUAUUAGACAACUGGCAGAGUCCCGUUUAAAUCAUUCAACUGUAGGCACUGGUCAGACGUUGGAAGGUCGUACAUCCAUGUCGGCUGGGCUGUCCCGAAACGAGACCCAACAGCUCCAUCAGAGCAUUAUCGACAUGACUGGCUUCGACAUUACGAAUAGUGAGGCCCUCUCAGUGUUGAACUAUGGGAUGGCUGGGCAAUAUAUUUACCAUCACGAUUGCGGCUUCAACGAGAAGGAGAUGCCGCGCUCACAUUUUCCAAAAGGUAAUCGUUUGGCCACAGUACUUUUUUAUCUAAGUGAAGUGGCGCUAGGCGGAGCGACUUCCUUUCCCGAGCUGAAUAUAAGCGUUGCUGCCAAGCCAGGCAAUGCUCUCCUUUGGCACAAUCUGGACAAUGCAGGCAACUGUGAUCCGCGCUCUCUGCACAGCGCCUGUCCCGUUAUUCUGGGCUCUCGCUGGGUGGCCACCAAGUGGAUCAACAUACCGGAUCAGUGGCGCACCAAGCCCUGUUUGAGGGAAAAGCCCAGCCCAAUGAAAUGAAAUACGUUGGAAAUUUCUUUCUCUUUUUUGUUGCGGUCAUUGUAAAUUUUUGCGAUAAU